AUGCAGAAUACAACAGAUCCAGAUUCUGCUAACUUUUCCUCUCCCCUCAAUAACGGACUUGCUGUGAAAGCCUUUCUCUCUAUGACCCCCUGUUUCUCCUUCCUGUAUGUCAAUGUGAUCAUGAUGUUCACUCUGAGGUCUAAAGAGAUAUUCUGUGAAACCCCUCGGUACAUACUGUUUGGUCAGUUACUUUUGUCGGAGUCUCUACAGCUGUCCUCGAGCAUUUUGUCCUACCUGCUUGCCUUAGCACGGCUAUACCUGGUCAGUUAUGGCUGUGCUCUCUACUACCUCAUUCAGAGAAUCAUUAACGCCAUCUCCCCUCUCUUCCUGGCUCUCAUGUCCCUGGAGCGGUACAUAGCCAUCUGUUUCCCCCUUCGCCACGCAGCCAUCGCUAACAGAAGGCGGACCACUGUGGCAGUCAUUGUUGUAUGGCUACUGGGCAUGUUCAUUUGGAUUGUUGAGCUGACUGCCAGGAUGAUGUUGGAGAUUCUCUCUCCAAACAAGCAGGUUUUCUGUUUAGACUAUGGACAUGUCCAAAUAGAGAUCUCUUUCAGCAUCAGCCAGACUUUUACUGGCAUUAUAUUUGUAUCUGUGAGUCUUGUAACAGUCUACACAUACAUUGCCAUUUUAGUGACGGCCAAGUCAGCAACCUCUAACAAGACAUCAGCGAGUAAGGCCCACAGAACGAUCCUCCUGCACAUGGUGCAGCUGGCCUUGUGUCUGGUGUCCACACUGUUCAGCUUGCUGCGCAGGUCCCUGGCGGUGAGCAAGCUGAGGCCGGUGGUCAUAUAUCAGGUGCAGUACGUGCUGUUUGUCAGCGUCAUCAUCUUCCCUCGCUGCCUCAGUCCUCUGAUCUACGGCCUGCGAGAUAAAACCUUCUGCGCUGCUUUUAAGUACAACUUCCUGUUCUGCAUGAACAGAAAAGUAGAGCCUGCAGCGUGUGUUGUUUAG